UCGAGAAAGGCUCGUGCCUAUUGUCACUGACACAGUUUAACCGUGAGGUUUACAAAGAGGAAAACAAUACUGAAUCUCUUGACCGUCGUGGUAAGAAACGCAAGAAGAACUAAUACUAUGUGGCUGAUAGUGCUAUUGUUCACUGACAUUUUUCAUGCAGAUGCUUCUUUACAGAUUUUUACGACAGCUGAGGGACCGGAACCAGAGUUUGCUAGAGCAGUUCCAAACGUCACGGUGCCUGUUGGUCGUGAUGCACAAUUACCGUGCGUGGUGGAUAACUUAGGUUCUUAUGGGGUGGCCUGGUUGAGAGUUGAAAGUAAAACCAUCCUGACAAUUCGUCAUAAGGUGAUAACCAGAAAUUACAGAAUAGACCUGAGCCACGGAGAUCGGCGAAACUGGAUUCUCCACAUCAAGAACGUCCAAGAGUCUGAUAAGGGAGGCUACAUGUGUCAGAUUAACACUGUGCCCAUGAAGAGUCAAGUCGGGUAUUUAGACGUAGUUGUACCACCGGUUAUCAUUGACGCCGAGAGUGACACUGACGUUCUGGCACGUGAAGGAUCAAAUGUCACGAUGAAAUGUCGCGCUAAAGGCUAUCCUGUCCCCGAGAUUACGUGGAAGAGAGAAGAUGGUCAGCCUGUAUCUGUAGGUCUUUGGCAAAAUGACCUCGAUCAAGACAUCUCGCACACGGGGGAAAGUUUAAAGGUGACCAAGGUCAGUAGACUACACAUGGGUGCUUACCUGUGUAUCGCUUCCAAUGGAGUACAACCUUCUAUUAGUAGACGGGUGGUUCUUCACGUGCACUUCACACCGAUGAUCUGGGUUCCAAAUCAACUGAUCGGUUCGCCCGUUGAAAACAACGUCACCUUAGAGUGUCACACCGAGGCGUAUCCAGCAUCCAUCAACUACUGGACAACUGAAAAAGGAGACAUGUUAGUCACUGACCAUAAAUAUCGGGUAAAAAAUGAACACAAAACAUACAAAGUACAGAUGAAACUCACUAUUUUAAAAAUUCAACCAGAUGACUUUGGAACGUACAACUGCCACGCCAGAAAUUCUUUGGGAUCAACAGAGGGCACCAUUCGCAUUUAUGAAAUCCAUCCUUCUUCGAACAGAGAAACAAUUAAACUGGACAAGGUAUUAGAAGAUGAAAACAUGCCCUUAAAACAAGCAGAUAGGAAGUCCAAUCUAAACACAAAGGAGUCGGCAAGACGAAUACAAGGAGAAAACCUUGGUUUUCUUAACGAAUCCUUGAGCAGAGAAUCUAGUGAUGUUUUCAGGCCUUCAGGGGGCACUCAAGGCUCAGCCUCAGAAGAAAACGGCGCCAGCAUUGGAAACGAAUGUUGGAUUUUAGCGCUCUGGUGUUUCGGUCUUGUGAUGCAUUUCUCGUCUGAAUUGUUAGAGAUAGUGUUCACAAGGACAGACAGGUGACGGAAACAGCCAAAACUGUUCAGCUGAUGUACAUUUGAAAAGUUGGCGUCUUCCCAGGCGCAUGUAUGGAAGAUCUGAUUGGAUGGGUCCGAGCCAAUAGUGACUAGAAACGUGAACUUGUAUUUAAGUGGUUAAAACCAACCUUGAACGUUUGAAUAAAGAAAAACAAUAACAAUAAGUAUUAUCAAAGGUACCUAAGCUGAAACAAAGAAAAUCAUGGCUUUGCCUAGUGGCACAUUGUUAUUUGUGUGGUUUAAGACUUGGUUUCGCUGUAUAAGGACAAUAUAAUUGACAUCUUCAGUAUCGUGCAUGUAAUAAGCAUACUUAUGUAAGAUUUAAUUAAAUCCACCGAUCAUGUAAAAAGGUAUUAAAAUGUGAAUAAAACAUUUGAUUCUAUGUCUAA